AUGCUGGACUGGGAGUCUGCGGCACUGCUCCAUUUGAUUUCCGACUUUGGACUUACCGCCUUCUCCGACCACCUCAAGGAGGAUGGGCUGCUACACACCACGUGCGGCACGCCCGCGUACGUGUCACCAGAGGUCAUAGUGAAAAAGGGGUACAACGGUGCCAAGGCUGAUAUAUGGUCAUGUGGGGUCAUCCUCUAUUGUCCACCUUGGUUUUCUGUGGAGGCGCGAAGGCUUGUUACCAGACUCCUCGACCCGAACUCGAAUACCCGGAUUAGUAUUUGUAAAGUGAUGGAGUCUUCUUGGUUUAAAAAGCCGGUGCCGUGGAAGGUGGCGGAGGUGGAUUUGGAGGUGGAUUUGGAGGAGAAGUGUGAGACGCCUGCUACGAUAAACGCGUUUCACAUAAUCUCGUUGUCGGAGGGGUUUAAUUUGUCACCGUUAUUUGAGGAGAAGAAGAGGGAGGAGAUGAGCAUGGCGGUGCUGGUGUUCGGCGGCGACAUUUGUGCGGCGGAGGCGGCGCGUGAGAUGGUGUGGGACCCGCUGCCUUAA